GACAGACUGUAGCAGAAGAAGAAGAAGCAGCAGCAGCGUAGACAGGAAGAGCGGUUAGUGGCUGUAUGCCGACAUGAGCGUCCCAGACUACAUGCAGUGCGCCGAGGACCAUCAGACGGUCCUGGUGGUGGUCCAGCCCAUGGGCAUCGUCCCGGAGGACCAGUUCUUCCGCAUCUACAAACGCAUCGCUAGCGUGAGCCAGGUCAGCAUACGGGACUCCCAGCGCGUCCUCUUCAUCCGAUACCGCCACCAUUACCCCCCCGAGAACAACGAGUGGGGCGACUUUCAGACGCACCGCAAAGUGGUGGGUCUGAUCUCGGUGACCGGCUGCGCGGCGGCCAAAGAGUGGCCGCAGACGUCCGAGCGCUUCCACGGCCAGAAGGAGGUGUUCGGCUCCACGCUGUACGACUCGCGGCUGCUGGUGUUCGGGCUGCAGGGGGAGGUGCCGGAGCAGCAGCGGACCGAUGUGGCGUUCUACCCCAGCUACGACGACUGUCCCGAUGUGGAGAAGCGGGUGGAGGAUUUCGUGGAGUCUAUAUUUAUCGUCCUGGAGUCGAAAAGGCUGGACAGGGCAACGGAUAAAUCCGGCGAUAAGAUACAACUGCUGUGUGUGCCGUUCGAGAAGAAGGACUUUGUGGGCUUGGACACAGACAGCAGGCACUACAAGAAACGCUGUCAGGGCCGCAUGAGGAAGCACGUCGGGGAUCUGUGUUUACAGGCAGGCAUGCUGCAGGACGCCCUCGUACAUUAUCACAUGGCUGUAGAGCUCCUGAGGUCUGUCAAUGACUUCCUGUGGCUGGGAGCUGCUUUGGAGGGGUUGUGUUCUGCGUCCGUCAUCUUCCAUUACCCAGGAGGCACUGCGGGGAAGAGCGGAGCCCGCAAACCUGGCGUCUCCUCUGCUGCCGACGCUGGAAAGAGACACAGACCCGGCGCUCAAGAAGUUCUCAUUGAUCCAGGUGCUCUGACGACCAACGGCAUCAGUGCAGACACAAGCACUGAGAUCGGCCGCACCAAGAACUGCCUGAGUCAGGAGGACAUCAUCGAGAAAUACAAGGAGGCCAUCUCUUACUACGGCAAGUAUAAGAGUGCAGGAGUGAUUGAACUGGAGGCCUGUAUUAAGGCUGUGAGAGUGUUAGCCAUUCAGAAACGUGCCAUGGAGGCUUCUGAAUUCCUGCAGAACGCUGUAUACAUCAAUCUAGGCCAGCUGUCAGAAGAAGAGAAGAUCCAGCGUUACAGUGUGCUAUCGGAGCUCUAUGAGCUCAUCGGCUUCCACCGGAAAUCGGCGUUCUUCAAGCGCGUCGCAGCCAUGCAGUGCGUGGCGCCCACCAUCCCAGAACCGGGCUGGAAGGCCUGUUACAAGCUCCUGCUGGAGACCCUGCCGGGAUACAGCCUCUCUCUAGACCCCAAAGACUUCAGCAAAGGGACUCAUCGCGGGUGGGCGGCAGUACAGUUACGGUUGCUUCAUGAGCUGGUUUAUGCAUCUCGUCGUAUGGGGAACCCAGGACUGUCUGUCAGACAUCUCUCUUUCCUGCUGCAGACCAUGCUGGACUUCCUCUCUGACCAGGAGAAGAAAGAAGUGACCCAGAGUCUGGAAAACUAUACGUCAAAGUGUCCGGGUGGAAUGGAGGUCAUCAGCCUCCCCGACGGACUCAAACUCCCCCCUGUUCCCUUCACCAAACUGCCCAUCGUCAGAUCCGUCUCUCUGUUAAACCUGCCGGUGAGUCUCCGUCCUCAUAAGGUGAAAGGCCUUCUGGGACAGGGCAUGUCCAGCGCCAGCCCAUUCAUCUAUUCUCCAAUCACGAUGCACAGCAGAGGAGACGAGCGCUCGAAGAAGAUCGAUUUCCAGUGGGUGCAGGGCGACGUGUGUGAGGUGCAGUUAAUGGUCUAUAAUCCGAUGCCAUUUGAGCUGCGGGUCGAAAACAUGGGUCUGUUGACAUCAGGUGUAGAUUUUGAGUCUCUUCCUGCUGCUCUGUCUCUGCCAGCCGAGUCUGGUCUGUAUCCGGUUACUCUGGUUGGAGUUCCUCGCACCGCAGGCAACAUCACAAUCAACGGGUAUCACACGUCCGUGUUUGGGGUGAGCAGCGACUGUCUUCUGGAGGGUCUGGUGGGGGUGAAGAGCAGCGGCUGCAUGGUGGAGGUGGUGCCGUCGCUCCCACGGCUGCAGCUCUGCACGUCCUUACCCAGGUCAGCUCAUCAGUCCAGUGAAGACCUGUCCACCAGCGUGUCUCUGCAGCUGUUUAACGGAGAAACGCAGCAGCUGACCAUCACUCUUGAGAAUAUCGGCACAGAGACGCUGAAUACCCUGGAGCUGACGGCUAAAACCCUCAGCACUAAAGAGAAGCUGUUCGGUGAGUUCUUGACCUGGGACCUGCAGGACGCUCUGUCCCACCUGCCUCUGAAAUCCGGUCAAUCCGUCUCCAUCCCUGUCAACAUCAGCUCCAAACUGGACUUCUCCGGUCAGGAGAACCUGUUACACGACCUGAACGACGAUGGUAUCAGUGUAACGGGUCUGCCCGUCUCCAGCCCGCUGCGGCAGGUCCUAAAGCCACGUGCUGAAAAUAAAGCAGUCGGCUCCGACGCCAGCAAGAACGAAUUCAAUCACAUCAAGACGCUGGAGGCUGUGUUGACCUUUAAAUACAGCGGAGGAGCCGGUCAGGUGGAGGGCUACUACCGCGAGCUCAGUCUGGGGGUCAGAGUGGAUGUUGAACCUUCAGUUUUCUUCACACGAGUCAGCACUUUACCUGCCACCAGUACUCGUCAAUGUCAUCUCCUGCUGGAUGUGUUCAACUCAACCGAACAUGAGCUCACGCUGUCUGCCAAGAACAACCAGGACCUGGUGCUGCACGCCAGCGAGUGUCAGAGGAUGGCCAUUCAGGUGGAUAAGUUUGAUUUUGACAGCAUGCCUGUGAUGGACCAUGAUGCACUGCGACUGGCUACGGUGAGGCAGCAGGAAGAGAAGAGACAGCAGGUCCAGGGAGGACUCAUCAACAGCACUCUGGACAUCCACUGGACCAUCUCGUCUCUUCAGCGUCACGGGGAGGCCAGCGUGGAGGGCGUCCUCAACCAGCUCAUACUAGAACAUCUGCAGCUGGCUCCUCUACAGUGGGAUGUUGUGGUGAAUGGAAAGCCGUGUGACUGUGACGUGAUCGCUGACUGCAGGGUCGGAGACGCUGUGCCGUUAGAGGUGAAACUGACCAACCGCAGCAAGAGCGCCGUCGGACCGUUCUCUCUGACCGUCGUUCCCUUCCAAGACUAUCAGAACGGAGUCCAAAACUACGAGCUGCAGGAUUCUGUCACGUUCAUCGGCUCCAACACCUUCUACAUCGGCACGGUGAACCCUACAGAGAACUCGGUGUGUGUGGGAGCCCUGCUCUUCUUAUACACCGGUGAUUUCUAUCUGAACAUCAAGUUCCAAGAUGACAGCACGGCCCGCGACCUGCCGCCCGCCUGGUUCUGUCUGCCCAGCGUCCACAUCAAAGCCCAGGAGCCAGUCCAACUCUGAACUCUGACCUUUGACCUGACGGACUCAAUAGGCUUUUGUAAAGGACCUGAGGGAGUUCUGCCGGGGUUUUUUUUUUUUUUUAGACAAC